GACGCCAGCACGCCGUUACCCGGGGAGCAAACCCGGGAAGCCGAGGUGGAGGAGCACUGCGGGGAGGCGGGCGUGAACGCGGAAGCCUGCGGGGCGAACGUCACGAAGGUGAACGAGAAGCUCGGGAACGAAAAGAUCCUGCGCGAAGAGGGCGAGGCGUACGUGGGCAAGGCGGAGGCGAUCGCGGAGUACAACACCGCCGUGCGGUUGCAGAAGGAAGCGGGGCAGCGGGUGGCGGACGCCAACCGCGCGCUGGCGCAGGCCCAGCAGACCCUGGAUCGCAACAAGGAGAACAAGAAAGCGGCCCGAGAUAGCACCUACAAGGCCAUGGCCCAGCUGCAGAAGCACGAGUCGGAACUCCGGACCCAGAUCGUGGACGAGACGGACCAAACGGAGGCGGCGAUUCGCGAGCAGUGGAAGGUGUUGCUCCAGGAACGCCAGGCCUUCUACGCUGCGCGCGAAGCCUUCCAAUCGAUGCACGACAUCUGCUCAGCGUUGAUCGAUCCAAACGACCACGACAAGUGUAUCGACAAGGCUAAGGUGAAGCAAUACAGCAUGGUCCAAGCGAAGAAAGCGUAUAGUUUUUGCAGUAGAACCUUGUUUUUCAUGAUUCACAAAGUGAAAAUAUUGUGCUGAUGUCAUAAGACGUGCCUCAAGUGGUAGGAUCGACUUCUUUCUGAUUCAAAGCGGAAGUAUUCUCCUCUUGUUUGUGUCUUGAUCAUGAGGCAUGCUAGCCAGCACAACAUGAAGCGCGUGUGGUCCUUCCAACGCUUUACAAUCGCGCUAAAACAGGCUUCUGAACGCCGAGGCGAAGUAUUACGAGAUGAAAGACGAUCGGGAGUAUUUGGAGCAGUAUGCCAAGAUGUUCAUGGAAGAUCGCAAGAAGGUGCAGAACGAACAUGCUGACGCGUUGAAGACGUACAAGCAGGCGACCGUGGAGUUGCAAGCCGCGACGCGGCGUCUACUGAAGAGUCAGGCGUUGAUGCGCGCGGAGUUCCGGUCCAAACUUUUUGGAAAGCCUGAGGCAGACGCCAGCACAGACGAUCCGUAUCAGCUGCUCUUGAAGCAGCUGUAUGCAACUUCCAACAGUGGGCUAGCGACCGGUGCACAAGCUCCCCCAGCCGCGGGGAGCAAAAAGGGCGCGGAAAACAAGGGGAAGGCGCCGGCCGUAGGUGGUGGUGACGGCGGCGCGGCGCAGCCGGGCGCCGGAGCUGCGCUGAGCUCGCUCACGGACAGUCCCGCCACAGAAGCAUCGCUUUCCGCGGAGGUCUUCGCCGCGAAACAGGACGAAGCGCGGUUUCUCCUGCUGAAGCUGCAGGCGGCGGCGUCGAAAAUGGAUUUCGCAGACAGCUGGGCGUACCGCAGUUCGAAGACGGUAUUACAAUGAAAAAUGCCCCCACCCCCAAAGUUGUAGUAAUUUGUGAUGCAAAGUUUCCAAAUGAAAACUUUCUGUCAUGCAUGAAAGGACUAUGAAUCUUUCUGAUGCAGAGUCUAGGCGUAUAUCGCAUUGCUUGCAUGACAAACGCCGCUCUUGCUGGGAUCUUGCGCAAUACAAAUUUUUUCUAUUCACGAUUGGAAAUCUGUGAUGCUGAUAGAUGCAAGAGGGCGAAUGUUUCAUUUGCAAAGGUUUGCAAUACAAAUGCUCACAAGUUCGGGGGUGGGGGCAUUUUUCAUUGUAAUGGACGGAUGUGGACCUGCAGUGGAAGGAGGUGUUCGCCGCGGACAAGCGCGUCGCGACGUGCGACGAGGAAACGGAAGGGCUGUGGCGGAAGGCGAUGAAUGCGCAGAUGAAGGCCCUGGGUGCCGGCGAUGACUUGCUUGACAAGUUCCUCCUUGCGGAGGCCGUGGUGGCCAGAAACACAGUGGAUGCGAAGGUGCUGGAGUGUUUUCUCGAGCGGGAAGGGCUGGGGCGGGCGAUGCGGAAACGCGCACAGCUGGCGGCGCAGGUGCGGAACGAGCAGCACUACAUGCGCGAGAAGUUGGAGAAGCGGCUUACCGACGCCGAGCGGAUCCUCCUCAUCGGGCAGCAAAACCUGCUGCGCGCGGAUCGCGCCCGCAUUCUGGCAGAGGAGGAUGCGGAGAUGGCCCACGAUUACAAAACGGACGAGGUCGGCCGGUCCGCUGCGGCUGCGCGCGCGAACGGAACUGCAAUCGAGCUUGGCAAGCGGGUCAAGAA